AUGACUGAAACUGCAGUUUGCAUUGGAACAUUCACUGCUGUGAAGACACUUUGGGAAGUGAGAAUACAAAAGAUAAAUGAAGAGCUACAGAAAGAAAAGGAAUUCAAACAGAGGUCUGCAGGAAGGCUAUUACUAGUCUGGGAGGAGAGAGCCGCUUUAGCAAAGCUGAAAGAAAAAGUUAUCAAUGAAGAUGGAAAAGCAAUUUUAAGGAUAGAGGAAGAAGAAUGGAAGACACUACCUUCAUGCUUACUGAAACUAGUCCAUCUCCAGGAAUGGCAGCUUCAUAGAACUAGCUUGCAGAAAAUUCCUCAGUUCAUUGGAAGAUUUCACAAUCUUGUUGUUCUGGAUCUCUCCCGGAAUUCAAUUGAAAGUGUACCUAAAGAAAUUGGCCAGCUGACUAACCUCCAAGAACUGCUUCUCAGUUACAAUAGAAUAAAGUCUGUUCCUAAGGAAAUAAGUAACUGUGUCAGUCUGGAAAGAUUGGAACUGGCUGUCAACAGGAGUAUCUGUGAUCUUCCUCCUCAGCUCAGUGAUUUAAAGAAGCUUUCACACAUAGAUUUGUGCAUGAAUCAGUUUACUACCAUCCCUUCAGCUCUUCUCAACAUGCCAAGUCUAGAAUGGUUAGAUAUGGGGGGAAAUAAGCUCCAGGAGCUUCCUGAUGCAAUUGACAGAAUGGAAAACCUCCACACUUUGUGGCUCCAAAGGAAUGAGAUAAACUAUUUGCCAGAAACCAUUAGUAAUAUGAAAAAUCUUAGUACUCUUGUUCUUAGCAACAACAAACUUAAGGAUAUCCCAGCUUGUAUGAAGGACAUGACAAAUCUGAGAUUUGUCAACUUCAGAGACAACCCACUGGAGUUAGAGGUAACACUCCCUCCAUGUGAGAAUACAGAAGAGGAGGAGCAACAGGAAAUGUUCGGCAUUGAAUUCAUGCACAUGUAUAUCCAGGAGGCACUCAAGAAAAGAGGAAAUCUGGAAAGUUGUACUUCUGGUCCUUCUCCUAUCGUAAAUGUUAAUGAAUAA